AUGUUGCACAUCCAGACAAUAAUGUUGCCGUUAGAUUCUAACCCCGAACAAAUAAAUACAACAGUCUUCAGUUACUCGCAAUCUGUGGACUUUAGAGACUCAUUUGAUAUUUUAGAUUUAAGCCACUAUUAUAUGUCAUCGAACAAGAAGAUUUUUCCCGCUCCUGUUCUUCCAUAUGCACCGGUUAGGCAGGAUGAGCGUCAGCAUUAUCUUAAUCUUUUGCUUCAACAGUAUCUGAAAUCUUUAGCAAAGAACAAGCAAGAUGAAAGAUCUGAUCACACAAAGAUCGCGGCAGAAAUUGUUAAAAGAGAACAUGAUGUUUGUAAGAGAUCAAGAUCCAGAAUGGAAUAUAUGUCAACAGUGAAAAGAUUGAUGUAUAAUCUUUUAAAGUAUGGGGCAUUUGAUAAAGAUAAAGUCGCAAAAGAUCGCCGUCAAAGGCAAAAGAUUGUCACAUCAAAAUGUAAUCAAUUGGGCAUUCCGGAUGAUGAUGAGCUAUACAAGAGGUUGGAAAAAUUGUGUAUUUCAAAAAGUAAACUUGAUGCGAGCCAAUAUGUUACUGAAGUACCUCAGGAAAUUGAUGAUGCCGAGGUACCCGAUUUCAUUGAAUGUGAACAUUGUCAUAGUAAGUUCUCAAUACAUGAUCAGUUCGACAAAAAAUUUGCAACUGAUGAUAGAGGUUGUUUGAUAGGACCUUCUGUUUGUCACUUUCAUCCGGGAAAGAUUCAGUUUGUAACCGACUCGAAUUUAUUAGGUGGGCGUAUAGUUCGAAAUCGUAGUUAUAGGACAUCGUUCUACAGUUGUUGCCACGAAUCAUUGGAUGAAUCAUCUGGUUGUUGCACAAAUGCUGCGCAUGUUUUUAAAUUUAAAGAUAAGAGGUUCUUAAAUUGGGCAAAGCCUUUCAAAACAAUUAGCCAACUGAGGAAGGAACUUAAUAUACGAAAUAGUGAGCCAACCCAACAACUCCGAAGAAGCAAAAUUAAAGCCAUUGGUAUUGACUGUGAGAUGUGCUUUACUGAUCUUGGAUUUGAACUUAUGAAAGUUAGUGCAGUUGACUUCCGAACACUCAAACCAAUCUUAAAUAAUUUGGUGGUUCCUGAAGGUGAUAAAGUUGUUGACUUGAACACACAUGUUCAGGGGUUGACUGUUUCUGAUCUUAAUACUCUUACAUUUGAUCAAGUCAUGGUCAGACUUGCACAAUUAACGGAUGAGGAUACUAUUGUUAUUGGGCAUGGUCUAGAAAAUGAUCUUAACGUUCUCCGCCUGAUUUAUCCAAGGAUUGUAGAUACGGCAAUUCUAUUUAGCGAGAAUCAGAUUGACCCUAUGAGGAAAGACCCACUCAAGAAAUUGGCGUGGAAGUAUCUCAGUAAAAAUGUCCAAAUGAAUGAGCACGAUCCCUUGGAAGAUGCAAUUCUACCCGUACAAAUUACGAAGAAAGUUCUUUGCUCAAAGAAAUAUGAAUGA